AUGAUAAAUGAGGUGAUAAAAGAUGUUGGAGAGGAGAACAUUGUGCAGUUCAUUACAGACAACGGGUCAAACUUUAAAGCUGCUGGAAUGAUUUUAGAAGAGCAACAUCCCAAGUUGUUUUGGACUCCGUGUGCAGCACAUUGUGUGAAUCUCAUGAUAGGUGAUAUUGGUGAAAAAAUACCGAAGAUAAAAAAUACUUUGGCUGAUGCAAGAGCAAUUGUGGUUUACAUUUACAACUACGGAAGAAUUCUUAAUCUGAUGAGGAAGUUGACGAAGAACAAGGAGUUGCACAGGUCUUGUGUAACUAGGUUUGCAACCCAGUUUUAUACAAUUCAGAGUAUCCACGAGAAUCGACAUCAUAUUCAAGUAUUGUUUGUUUCUGAAGAAUGGAAGAAAAGUGACUUUGCAAAGAAGUCGGCUGGAAAGAAAGUUGAGCGAAUAGUUGCAAAACAUGAAUUUUUGGACAUCGUACACUUUACUUGUCAGGUGCUAGCUCAUUUGGUAGAUGUGGUCAGAUUGGUUGAUAUGGAAGAGAAGCCAUGUAUGGGUUACAUCUAUGAUGCAGUAGACAGAGCCAAGGAGCAGAUCAAGAAAAAUCUGACUGGCACGCCUAAUGAAAGAAUGAUCACUAGACUUUGGGCUAUGAUUCAAGCAAGAUGGAGCGACCAACUUCAUCACCCGUUACAUGCAGCUGGAUGUUACUUGAAUCCCGCCAUUUUUCAUGGGGAAAAUUCAAGGGAGAUACGGAAGAACAGAGACAUUGCGACGGGACUUUAUGUUGCUAUAGAUCGUCUAGUGCCCGAUAAUGAUGACAAUGAUAAAUUGAGGCAAGACUUGAAUCUAUACAUUGAUUUAGUUGGGCAAUUUGGAUCUCCAGCUGCUAUAAGGGCUAGGACAAAAGUUGCACCAUAUAUAUGGUGGCGUACUUAUGGGAUCGACCCGCCUUUGCUCCAAAAUUUUGCUAUCACAGUCCUUAGUCAGACAUGUAGUGCUUCACCUUGUGAACGCAAUUGGAGUGUAUUUGACAAUUUACAUUCAAAGAAAAGAAAUUGUUUUUUGCAGCAAAAACUUAAUGACCUUGUAUUCAUCCAAUAUAACACAAUACAACACAAGAGAUGGUCUCUUUGGUCAGCUACGCAAGAGGCAAUGGGAAGAAACGAAGAAGUUGGGGUAACAACUAGGAGCAAAAGAGAGUGGUCUCUUUGGUCAGCUACGCAAGAGGCAAUGGGAAGAAACGAAGAAGUUGGGGUAACAACUAGGAGCAAAAGAGAGUGGUCUCUUUGGUCAGCUACGCAAGAGGCAAUGGGAAGAAACGAAGAAGUUGGGGUAACAACUAGGAGCAAAAGAGAGUGGUCUCUUUGGUCAGCUACGCAAGAGGCAAUGGGAAGAAACGAAGAAGUUGGGGUAACAACUAGGAGCAAAAGAGAGCGCUACAGAGAUGAUGUUGAUGAUGAUAUUAGAAUUGAAGUGAAUCAUCUUGAUGAACAAUUGGAUGCCUUGGUUGAUGUGGACUCGGAGGAAGAUUUCAUGGCUUACGAUUAG